GACAAAGACGGCAACAACACAACGAAUAUACGUUCUUGCGUAGUCGCCGCUUGAUGCUUGAUUACAUCGUUGUGUAUCGUGUUUUUUAUUGUUGUUGUAUUUCUCUCUCUCUCUCUCUCUUUUUCGGUAUUUCUUUGCCCGUUGCUGACUUUAUUUUUCUUCAUCACCUUUCUUUUCGCUCAAUUCAAUUUUAUGAGCAUGUUGAACAUGCCGUGUUCGUUCGGUUUUCGUCUUCGUCGUCGUGUUUGACUAUUAGCAAUUUUUUUUAUUCUGCUGCUCAAAAUCAAAACCCAACCAGAAUACACAACAUUCAAAAGAAGUUCGAUGGUGCGUGUUUUUUUUUCUCGCUCUCUCGUCGUUCGUUCGUUCAUCUCUUCAUCGCUUUGUGAUUUAAUUUCGUUUCGAUGGGGCUUUGGCAGUUGUUCUAAACCCAUCACAUCAUCAUUCGCUUCGGUAGCAUUGUGCUUGAAUAACAAUAGUUUGCUCGGAUUUGCAGUGCAUUUAGUGAAUUGUUUGACGAUGAUUUUUACGUGUUAAAAAUGCUCUUGCUCGUUCGUUCAAACCAGCAACAACCGAAAUCAAUACCAAGCCAAAUGGCAUCAACAAAAGUGUGCAUCAGAAAAUAGAAAGAGCAAAGAGAAGAAAAAAAAAACAGCAGCAGAAUGAAGUAGUAACUGAAUUAAAACUUACACUUGAUCGUCGAAACGGUACUUUGAUUUAGUUCUUUCUAUUGUUUUGCAACUCUUGUGGUGCACAGUGCAUAUAGACAGUGUUCAUUGUUUGUGUACGGUUUGAAAGAAGUGCAAUUGAAAAACACCGCAUUCGGUCGUAUCGAACAACCAAGACAGAAUUAGACACAAAAAUUCCCACUUAAUUCAUCAUUGUAAUCAUUCUGCCAGCGACAGAAAAACACUAAAACCUUGGAAUUGAACUGUAGAAGAAAAGCAAAAAAAAGAGACUUCGUUACGUGAAUUUCAUACUUCGUGCGCCCUGUCCGCAGGUUAUGUUGCUUCUUUGCAAGAAAUCUACUCUAUUCCAAAAGCCAUUCGUUGUUGUUUUUUGCUAAUUGGAGGUAGCAGUUUGGUGUGGCAUUUUCUGUUCACUCUUCUUGAUAUAUGCAACGAACGAAACCCAAUGUGAAUCAUUCUUCAUUUUUUUUUUCGGUGCAUGUGUGCAUUAAAAAUAUAUAACAGCGAAUUAAAAAAAAAACGAAGCGAGCGAUGUGCGAUGAAUGAAUAUUUUAUGAUAUGAACGUAUGCGUGCCUUCGUUUUUGAUGAGUACAACGCUUCGUGCAAUUCACCGUAUUCUUAUAGUGGCCCUCUCUCAGUGCAUAUGAAUACAUGUGAAUAAAAACAAGAACAGUGAACGUACAUAAAAUUAAGUGUUCGGCCUGCGUAUGUAUGUAUCAGCGAAGAAAUGUAUUCACCAAUUUCUGCAGAAUAAACAAUAAAACGUGUGACGGCGCUACAGAACGAGUGCUUAGAAUGUGAGUUGGAUACAAUUUAUAUAUAUUGGUGCAUUGAUUAAAUUAAAAUCUAUAUACACACUACGACGUAACGAGGAAAAAAAAAAGACAGAGAAACCCGGAUCGUUAAUCAUUUUGUAAAGUGUGUGCAUUUUGUGUGUGUGUGAAAAAAAAGGGGGUUUGCAACUGGCUUAGCCAACAUAGUUGUAAAACGGAGAUUAGGCAUCGACCAAAGAUCAAUGACGACGUUCACAAAGCAGCCACAUUCGUUCCCACAAGUUACUAAACGAGCACAAUAUUAUGGAGUCGGAAUCAACUAAAUCGGAACCAGGUUCGAGAUCAAGACGUAGUCGCGGCGUUCAUAAUUCCACACUAAACAAUAGUACUGGUGUACCGUUGCAUCAUCGGUCCGGUGAUCGGAGUCGACAUUCACAUCGCAGUGGAUCAUCGCAUAAGAAUCGAAAACCCGAUAUGGCGCCAUUCCAAACGACAGUGAAUUUGGACGAAAAUGGUCGCGAAGGCCAGGAAAUAAUUGAGGUACAAAUUUUACCGCAAGAUGAAAAUUGGGGCGAAAAUACAACGGCCAUCACUGGUAACACAUCCGAUCAGAGUCUUUCGAUGGAAGAUGUCAGCAAUUGGCAAUCACAAACGAAAUCAAAUGGCCUGGGUAUGGUGUGUCAGCGUUACAUCGAAACGACAUUUUCGCUAAUGUUGUACAUGGCCGCAUUUGUCAGUCCAUUGGCAAUGGUUAUGAUGCCAAAAUUAGGAUUUUUCACGGCCGCCUUUGAAAAUCCUGAAAUUACACAAAUCGCCCGUACACAUUUACUAGCUUGUAAUGCCGAAUGUAAAGGUUUACUUGUAUCGCUGGCAGCUCGCAUGAUUUUGCUGGCGCUUGGCGUUUGGGCCGUAUUUUUACGAACACCAGCCGCAACAAUGCCGCGAAUAUUUUUGUUCCGUGCCACGGUAAUGCUGCUGGUGCUCAUCUCUACAUUUGCCUACUGGCUCUUUUAUAUUGUUCAAGUCACUGAAGGUACCAAAGCUAUUGUUGAGGGCUCCGAGGCCUCCGACUAUAAAUCACUGGUUUCGUAUGCAACCAAUUUUGCUGACACACUGCUAUUUAUCCACUAUGUUGGUGUUGUUCUAAUGGAAUUGAGACAUUUACAGCCCACGUAUUACAUUAAGGUGGUGCGUAGCCCGGAUGGUGAGAGUCGAGCCUAUGCCAUUGGUCAAUUGAGCAUACAACGUGCGGCCGUUUUUGUGCUACAACAUUAUUAUACCGAAUUUCCCAUUUACAAUCCAUACUUGGAUCGAUUGCCCAUUUCAAAGUCGCAAAAGAAAACGACGGUGAGCAGUUUCAAGUACUAUGAAGUCGAUGGUGUGAAUGUAUCGCAGCAACAAAGCCAAAGUCGUGCCGUUUUGGCAGCUCAUGCACGUCGUCGUGAUUCAUCGCACAAUGAACGAUUCUACGAAGAGCAUGAAUACGAACGACGUGUGAAAAAGCGACGAGCACGUCUUAUUACCGCCGCCGAAGAGGCGUUCACACAUAUUCGGCGUGUACAAAAUGAACCGGCACCGGCCAUUCCACUUGAUUCACACGAAGCCGCACAGGCCGUAUUCCCAUCCAUGGCACGGGCAUUGCAAAAGUAUCUUCGUGUUACACGCCAACAGCCACGGCACACGGUCGAAGCGAUUCUACGUCAUUUGGCCCAUUGUCUCAAGCAUGAUAUGUCACCGCGUGCAUUUUUGGAACCAUAUCUCGUCGAAUCACCAUUACUGCAAAACGAAAAGGAACGCCGUAGCGUACAAUCGUGGUCUCUGGUGUGCGAUGAACUAUUGUCGCGUCCCAUCUCAAAUAACAGUGUAUUUCAAUUAGUCCAGAAUGACAUAUCGCUACUGGUCACUGUCUAUAAAUUGCCACAUUUCAAUUUAAGCGAAGAAGUGGUCGAUCCAAAAAGCAAUAAGUUUGUGCUGCGAUUGAACUCGGAGACGAGCGUGUGACAACAAAGUUCACCAAGGCAAUUUAUAUUGUCAUUGUGAUUUCGCUAUUUACUAAAUAACAACAACAACGAAACUGAAGAAGAGAGAACGAAAAUUACCAUCAAAAUGAAAGUGUUUUUGUUUGUGUGGCAUAUCCAUGCGUUCAAAUGAUAAUAAAGUCUGAUUUCGACAGUUAGAUACCAAAAAAGAGAAGAAGGAAUUGUAACAUUUUUUUCCUGCCUUUUUUUUCUUCUUUAGUUUCACUUUUUCACAAGUUAAUUUUCGUUUCUUUUUUUGAAUGACUUUUAUUACCGACUCGAUCUCAUGUGCGCUCGCGCGCGCGCUCACACAAACACAAGCCCAAGCCCAAGCCCAAGCACACGCACACACAAAAGUCAUUUGCUGCUCGUAAUUCAGAGAAAAUGGGAUGCCACACGAAAUGGUACAAAUUAAAACCAGAAACAUACCUGAAAUCAGUUUGCAAUGAUAUUAUGUGUAGACGAGAGGAGAGAGAUAGAGAGAGCAUUGAUCAUGGUGUCGGAAUCAUUUCGAGCAGAAAGAUAGGAAAGAAGUGUAAUGCAUUAAUGCUGCCACACUCUGUCAAGAUUGUGUUUGUGCAUUCAAGUAGAAAUGCAAUCUGGUUAAAAGCCACCGAAAUGCAAUCAAAUGGAUUUUUCCAAUUGUUUCAGUUUCAUCAUUCGGCUUAGUGGAUUUCAUUACAGUGCUGUUGUUGCUUUUUUUCCUCAUUUUUUUUUUCUUUGUAACAAAGAGAAAUGGCGGAAAGAAGAGAAGAAAAAAAAAAGCCAGCCAACUAGCAAACAAAUUGUGAGCAAGCUCUAACCGACACUGAAGCGUACCGCUCAUGCUCACGGCUAAUUGGAGAUAGAGAUGAAAACAAAAAAUCUACGCGCCGAUAGUAUUAUUAUAACUCACAUGAUUAUGUGCUGCGGUUAAGCGGUUGUUUCGUUUCGCGCGCAAUUCCAACCGCAAAGAAUGCAAAAUCGUUUCUUUCCUCGUCGUCGUCGUCGUCGUCGUUUUCAUAUGCAUUCUGUCAGAUUCAAUUACGUAGAUCGGGCUAAUUAUAAAAAAAAGCAGAUUGACUGAAAUCAAAGACGUGCGGUGCAAUGCACUUUUAGUCGGCACAAAUCGAUUGACGCAAAAACACAACCAAAUGCUCGACCACUUUAAAAUGCUUGACCACUUUAACGCCUAUUUAAAAUGAUUCCGGUGCCACUGCUCAAUUCAAACACAUUUUUAUGUGUCGCAGUUUAAACUCUUAUCAGACAUGACCAAAAAUAAAAUUCUGUCUUUUUAUGAUAAUGUAUUCCCCAGCGACAAAAUUAAAUUUUAGACUAAGUUUUUGAUAUUAGCAUCAAUAAAAGGAAACAUAAAUACUUCGACCCGACAUAACGGAAAAUUUACUAUACAAACUUUUGGAGAAAGAAAUGUGAUGAAUCUUCAUCCAAUAUUUAUACAUUUGGUUUACCGUACCCACAACACUUUCGAAGAGGAAGUGUGAAUAGAACAGAGAACUUGUGUACAAUGUUUACAAUUAUAGUGAGAGGUCGAUUUUAGUGUAUAAGACAAUUGAAGAUAUUCUAAAUUUUCACUCUUAUUGUAUAAGAUUGCAGAAGUAUCCUAUCGCAUGCAACAAUAGAUAUUUCAUUUUGCGGUGUAUGACAAAACUCAAAGUCGAUUAGUUUAGUAGAAAACGGAAAUACAUAUGAAGAAAUGCUAGUUGUUAAGACAAAAAUAUUGUAAUGAACUAAUAACAGUCGGUAGACAUAGGUGAGCACAUACAUACACAAACUCGUAGAAGACAAUUAACAAAAAGCAUAUCAUAAGAAAUGACGACCGAAAUACAUGAUGACUAAAUUAACUCGAUGAAAUGAGCUUAGAGCCACAUUUUAUCGCCACAUAGCAAACGCACACUUUUUUCUUGGAUUGAAAAUUACAGAUAGAGACAAAACAAAAAGUGCACCAAAUUUAUUUAUACUAUGUAUUUAUUUUGGAACUGUUUAUAUUUGAAUUGUAUUUAUUUUGAAGUAUUUUUUUUUUUCGUCGUCGUGAAGAUUUUUUAUUGUGGCUGAUCAUGAACAGCAUUAGAAUAUUUAUUUAAAAACAGAGAGAUGAUGAGAUUUUAUUUUGAAACUGAAACAAACAAACCGAUCGACCAACUCCAUGGAACAAUAAGCAAAUUAGCUGUGAAUUUGAUUCGAUAAUCAGAACAAUUCAAUCGUCAAUAAGUUUAUAUAUCAAAAGCAUACACAAAAACAUAUCUCUUGCCAUUUGUAAAUGCCUUCAGAUUUUAAGUAGCAAUAUUCAUACGAGAGACUGAUUUAAAUGGCGAUUUUCCAACUUGGGAAUUAAGCUAUUUUCUAUAUCUCUCUCACUUUCAGCAAGCAAAACAAAAACUAUAAAAAUCAAAUGUACUAAUCAACUAGCCUUAAAUACACAAAUGCACAACGAAUUGCACCAGCCAGCGAAUCAUAUUUUUGUAGCUGAAAUCCAUCCAAUGCUAUAAUCUAUGCUCUUGGAAAAGAGCCAAGAAAUAGAGACUAUUCAUUUUUAAUGGUUUUAACUCCAUUUUUUCUGUUUGUUCAAUCAUUUUUUUCUCUCUCUCUCUCUUGUGAAAAAUAUAGGCAAUAAGUUGAACAUAUUUCAUAAGCCAAUUUUAAAAUUUGGAAUCGAAAAGAGAAAAUAAAAUCUAAUAACUAUUAUAUGAAUUGAAACAAAUAAUUUGUAAGAGUUUACUCAACUGAAAAAAAACCUAUGUGACUAAUUGUGAAGAGAGUGAAAAUAAAUAAUAUAUAUUAAAACAUAUAUGAACGAUCUA